AUGGUCGCUGUUUUCCUUCGUAACACUGGUCGUGUGAUGAAAGCCAUCGAGCUAUGCCAGGAAUGUCUGAUUGUACUAAACAGUCGAGUGCUGAUUAAAGACACUCAAUUAGCCAACUUACUUUUCCAUACUAUCUACAUGGUUAUGAUCAAUUCGUACGAAGCUUUGCAUGAGCACACAAUUGCCGAAAAAUACUUGAGGAAACUACUUCUUUCCCAGAACCAGACCUCUGAUGACACCGUCAAUAAAGGAUGGCUAAAUUUACGACUGGCACGUACACUUCGGGCACAAAAUAACUUACUUGAGGCCAGAAAAUUUUAUGAGUCAGCAAUAAAAAUUAUGAAGACGAAUGACAACACACAAAUAGUAUGGCUUUGUUAUGAAGAAAUGGGAACACUACUUCAUUCCAUAGAAGAAUAUGACCAGUGUAAAUCAUAUCUGGAGAAAGGGCUUGCUCUUUCCAUGGACAUCUGCGACAGGUAUGGAGAAGCAAUAAGCUGCGGAAACCUCGGAACAUUGUUCCAAUCGCUUGGUAAAUAUGACAAGGCCCGAGAAUAUCAAGAGAAAGCACUUGCCAUUAGAAGAGCAAUUAAAGACAGAAAAGGAGAAGCAACAAGCUACGAAAACCUCGGAACAACGUUCCAGUCGCUUGGUAAAUAUGACAAGGCCCGAGAAUGUCAAGAGAAAGCAAUUGCCAUUAGAAGAGAAAUUGGCGACAAAAAGGGAGAAGCAACAAGCUACAGAAAACUCGGAAUAUUGUCCUACUCAAUUGAAAAAUAUAAGGAGGCCCGAGAAUGUCAGGAGAAAGCACUGACUAUUAGAAAAGAAAUUGGCGACAGAAAAGGAGAAGCAAUAUGUUACGAAGACCUUGGAAUAUUGUUCCAAUCGCAAGGGAAAUAUGACCAAGCCCGAGAACAUCUGGAGAAAGCACUUGCUUUUAGAAGAGAAAUUGGCGACAAAAAGGGAGAAGCAACCAACUAUGGAAAACUCGGAAUAUUGUUCUAUUCAAUUGACAAAAAUAUCGAGGCCCGAGAAUGUCAGGAGAAAGCGCUCGCUAUUAGACAAGAAAUUGACGAUAGAAAAGGAGCAGCAACAAGUUACGAAGACCUUGGAAUAUUGUUCCAAUCGCAAGGGAAAUAUGACCAAGCCAGGGAACAUCUAGAGAAAGCACUGGCUAUUAGAAGAGAAAUUGGCGACAGAAAAGGAGAAGCAACAUGCCACGAAUACCUUGGAAUAUUGCUCCAGUCGCAAGGGAAAUAUGACCAAGAUCGAGAACAUCUAGAGAAAGCACUUGCUAUCAAACUAGAACUUGGCGACAGACAAGGAGAAGCAACAGUCUACGGAAACCUCGGAACGUUGUUUGAAGCCCUUGGUAAAUAUAGCAACGCCCGAGAAUAUCAGGAGAAAGCGCUUGCUAUCACAAUAGAAAUUGGCGACAGAAAGGGAGAGGCAAAAAGCUACGGAAACCUUGGAAUAUUGUUCCAAUUGCUUGCUAAAUAUGACAAGGCUCGAGAAUAUCAGGAGAAAGCACUUGCUAUCAACUUAGACAUUGGAGACAGAAAUGGAGAAGCAACAAGCUUGGGAAAUCUCGGAACAUUGUUCUACUUGCUUGGGAAAUGUGACAAGGCCCGAGAAUAUCACGAGAAAGCGCUCGCUAUUACAAUAGAAGUUGGCAACAGACAAGGAGAAGCAACAAUCUACGGAAACCUCGGAACGUUAUUCCAAGCCCUUGGUAAAUAUAACAACGCCCGAGAAUAUCAGGAGAAAGCACUUGCCAUCAGAUUAGAAAUUGGCGACAGAAAUGGAGAGGCAAAAAGCUACGGAAACCUAGGAAUAUUGUUCCAGUCGCUUAGUAAAUAUGACAAGGCCCGAGAAUAUCAGGAGAAAGCACUUGCUAUCACAAUAGAAAUUGGCGACAGAAAUGGAGAAGCAUCAAGCUACGGAAACCUGGGUAUAUUCUUUCAAUCACUGGGUCAAUGCGACAAGGCCCAAGUAUAUCAGGAGAAAGCUCUCGCCAUUAAAAUAGAAAUUGGAGACAGGCACGGAGAAGCAACAAGUUACGGAAAUCUUGGAACAUUGUUUGAAGCCCUUGGUAAAUAUGGCAAGGCCCGAGAAUAUCAGGAGAAAGCCCUUGCUAUCACAAUGGAAAUUGGUGACAGAAAUGGAGAAGCAACAAGCUACGGAAACCUAGGAACAUUGUCUCAAUCACUGGGUCAGUGCGACAAGGCCCGAAUAUAUCAAGAGAAAGCACUCGCCAUUGGAAUAGAAGUGGGCGACAGGGAUAGAGAAGCAAUAGUCUGCGGAAACCUCGGUACAUUGUUCAGAGCCCUUGGUAAAUAUGACAAGGCCCGAGAAUAUCAGGAAAAAGCACUUGCUAUCCGAUUAGAUAUUGGCCAUAGAAAUGGAGUGGCAACAAGUUACGGAAACCUGGGAACAUUGUUCCAAGACCUUGGUAAAUAUGACCAGGCCCGAGAAUAUCAAGAGAAAGCACUUGCCAUCAGAAUAGAAAUUGGCGACAGAAAUGGAGAAGCAGCAAGCUACGGAAACCUUGGAAAACUGUUCGAGUUAGUUGGCAGAUAUGAAAAGGCCCGAGAAUAUUAUGAGAGAGCUCUCCUUUUAAGCAGAGAUAUUGGAAACAACUUGAAAGAGUUUCAAUGUCUUUGUUGUCUAACGAUGUUGUCAUGUGAAGAACAUGAAAAACGUGAAGAAGCCAUCUCGUAUCUUUUUCAAAGUAUUGCAAAAUACGACACUCUGCGAGCUUUUCUGGACGACAACGAUCAAUUCAAAACAUCCUUUUUAGAGGAGCACGGCACCUUUCCUUACAAGUUGCUCAGUGUGAUGCUUUGUUCUGCCGGUAAACCAAAAGACUCUCUUUAUGUCGAAGAGCUGAGACGGGCGAGAGGCCUGGCUGACUUGAUGGCAGCUCGGUACUCUAUUGAAGAGCAGAUCUCAGGGAAUCCACAAUCCUGGUGUGGCAUUCAGGAAAUUAUCACAAGGGAGGUACGCUGUGCAUGCCUGUACGUUUCGGUAGAGAAAGAAGAUGCACGUUUUUGGAUUCUCAAAGCAACGGGAGCUAUUCAUUUUACCGAAAAAGAGGUGGGCCUUGAAGCAAACUCGGUGACCGGAUUAGUCCCUGACUUAGAUGAGUUCCUGAAAGACAGCUUUCGCAGCCUUGGCAUUUUACCUCAAGAGAAUUACGAGGAUCGAUCUCUAGAUGACACCCAAUCGAUGUCACUUCGCCAUGAAAGCCGCCCAGCUCCACGCGAUUAUAAUGCCAAAGAUAUCAAAGCGAAUCUCCAAUUAUGUUACGAGAUAAUCAUUGCUCCUGUGGCUAAUCUUCUUAAGGAGCCCGAGAUUAUAAUUGUUCCCGACUCUUGUAUGUACCAAGUACCAUUUGCAGCCCUAAGUGACGAAGGUAACAAGUAUUUAUCAGAGACAUUCCGCCUCCGAAUCGUUCCCUCUUUGACGACCCUCAAGCGCAUUCAGGACAGUCCUCCAGACUAUCAUAGUCAAACAGGUGCGCUGAUAGUGGGUGACCCUGAGGUUGGAGAAGUGAUUCAUAACGGAAGACGCAAGACAAUGACAGCGUUGCCAUGCGCAAGAAAGGAAGCAGAGAUGAUUGGAAGACUUCUUGGCGUAACGCCUUUGAUUGGAAACCGUGCGAAAAAGCAAGCUGUACUUCAAAAGAUAAAUUCAGUGAGUCUGAUUCAUCUUGCCGCCCAUGGUUGUUCCGAAAGAGGGGAGAUUGCUCUUUCUCCUAUGCGCCCGUCGCUCUCUAUUCCACGAGAAAAAGACUACCUUUUAACAAUGGUGGACAUUUCAAAAAUCCAGCUGCGAGCUAAACUGGUGGUACUUAGUUGUUGUCACAGUGGUAAGGGAGAGAUUAAAGCCGAAGGAAUGAUCGGAAUCGCUCGAGCCUUCUUAGGAUCCGGCGCGCGCUCUGUGUUAGCGGCACGCUGGGCCCUGAACGACGAAGCCACAGAGCAGUUCAUGACUUGCUUCUACAAACAUCUGUUCCGUGGUGAAAGUGCCAGCGAAUCUCUUCACGAGGCCAGAAGGUGGAUGAGAAAUAACGGUUUUGACAAAGUUUCUGAUUGGGCUCCGUUCAUGCUAAUUGGUGACAACGUGACAUUUGAUUUUGGAAGUUGGUCAGUGCCCAUCGCACCGUGAUAGGAAUGAGUCAUGUUAACCCUCUGAUAAUGUGAUGGACUAAGUAGGGCGAGGGCUAGGAACGAUAAAUCGCCAGCCCGUAGUGAGAGAACAUUAUUUGUGAAGGACAACUCGGAUCGAUACACAAAGCAAAAUAUUUUGUAAAAAAGCUCAUUUAACAUGUCCGUUUAGCAUUAUGAGACAGGAUAGUGUUUAAUGUACUCUUAAUAACAGUUAAGUGUUUUUAGAACAAACUUCAUAUGCCAUUAUUUUUAAAAAAGUGAUAAUAUUACUAGUCAAGCCAAUUACACAAUAACUA